CCUAAAUCGAAUCGGAAAGUCAUGGGAUACGUACUCAGGGUGAGGUUCGCUGCGUUCUUCGCCGGCGCUGCGGUGGCGUCGGCCGGUGGAUUUUAUUUUCUUCAUAAGGAUUACAAGGUUGCUCAUCAAUCUAUGUCUCAGCAGAUGAAUGACCUUUAUAAAUCCUUGGAUGGACGCAUCUCUACAUUGGAACAUCUUAAAGAAGUUGAAGCAGUAAAGCCAGUUGAAGGUGCAGAAUAAGGAAGUCCGAGCAUCUGCUCUGAAAGUUUUUGAAUGUUGUAGUAUGGUAUGUUACAUUAUAGUUACCUUUUUAUGUUUAUGGAAUUGAUGAUGGUGAUGGGUACAUGCCAUUUUUGUUUUUAUCCAAUAACCGGCACGGAUUAGGUCAGAUUGAAGCAUUCUGAUGCAUAUUUUACCAGGAAUCUCAUGAUCAUAUUAUGCUUGAUCCUUAAUUUGCUUCCCUUCC